AGCAGACCGCGCGGAGCGCAGAGCGCAGAGCGCAGCCCGGACCUCCGCCGCCUCUCACUGGAGCUCAGAGCGGAUACACCGACGCACGGACAGGUCCUCACAGGUGAGGCGAGGACAAGGAGAUAACCUGCUUCUCCUCCAUCUGUCCAUCAGCGGGCAAAGUGCCUUGGUGCCGGCCACCCUCAGGUCAACUCAGCCACGACGGGCGCCAAACAAAAGUCUUGACCUGGAGUCUCCUGGAAAACCUGCACAGAGCAAAUACUCCAGGCCAUUGUAUGUCAUUUCUCCCGGCAGGCGUCACCAAAAAGAUCAACAGUGAAGGGUGUUGUUGGGAGACAGAAAAAGAGACGGAAAAGUGGGGGAGGAAGAAGUAACCCUUUCAAAGUGCACCCGUCCUGCUAUUUUUGUUGCACUGUGGGCAGGGAGCGUCUCAUUUGGGAGUGCUCUUGGCUGACAAAAAAAGGACUUCCCUGUCCUCUGCCUGCCGAUCCAAAUGCCUCUGUAAAUACAGGAUAUAGAUAUCAAUUUAUCUGGGUUUUAACAUCGCCCAACAAAGACACUGAAAACUAUCUAUAGAAAACCUUAUAGCAAACUUGGACCUUGUGGCUCUUUGAAUUGCUACUUGUCCGUCACCCAUAGGGAAGGAUUUUAAAGAAGCGAGAACAGGAAUGAGAACUGCCACAACUCCUGAAAAUUGAGUAAACACUUAAGUUAGGUUUAAAUUUCACCAGAAUCAGUUUGGCAGUUCAACAGGUUUUUGAUGUCUUUCCCAGCUUGGUGAAGUACCAUGAAGCCCCUAACACCAAUUGGAUCCCCCUCUCCUCUGAGGCUCCUCAACAAGGGUCCGGAUUACCUCCGGAGGCAGAUCGACGGUGGAGGCCAGGGCCGCUCCAUCAGCGCUGUGGAGAGACUCGAAGCAGACAAAGCCAAAUAUGUCAAGAGCCAGCAGGUGAUUAACACCAAGCAGGAGCCUGUGCUGGUGCCCUGUGCCACCCCGCCGCCUCCUCCCCGGAGAACAAUCGCCAUUGCUGGCAGCUUAACGCCUCAUCUUCCCCCACGUCGAUCGUCCAACACACCCUUCUCCACCCUGUCUGACUCCUUCACUUCGCGGGACGAGAACGAGAACGACGACUCGAGAAAGGAGAACCGACGGACUUCUGUUGACGUGGAGGCACAUAACAGGAGCAAUGUGAGUAAAGUGAUGCCCCCCAGCCCAAGAGCACCCGGGAUUAACACCUUGGUAGCACCACACAGCGCUCCUGUGCUCAGAAGGAGUACGGGCAAACGCAUGCUGAGGCCCGACUCCCUCCUCAUCUACCGGCAGAAGAAGGAGUGCAAAAGCCCUAAUGGUGCAACGGUGGGAGAGAAUAAUAAUCUGGAAUUGAAGGGGUACAGUUUUGUUCGACGCCUCUUCCAAGGUUCUAUGAGGGAGAAGAGCGGCGGAGGUGAGGGCAGAAUCCAGAAGAUGGUGAUCGGAGAGGAGAAAGCACCAUCACGGGAUGGCGAGUCACGCAUGUCUUGGACCAAUGACAAAGACAUUACAGACGGUGGAGCAGGAAGCCGGAGGUCGAGUAAAACCGACCAAGAGCGUAGCCCAGAAUCUGUCCCCAGCCCUGGAUUCAGCUGCAAGCUCCCAGAAACUAAGAAUGGUCUCACAAAUCCUACCAGUGAUGGAAUUACCAACGGUGUUACCGAGGAUGCCCACUCGAGUGACCACGAUGAUGAGAAUGAUCCGUGGAAGCGGGCAUCUCCCCCGGCGCCCAGAAGGCAGCCCGGGCAGUUACAGCGGUCCAAAUCAGACUUGCGGCUUCGCUGCUCCGUGGCUCUGUCGGAGCAGGAGCACUUCUUCGAUUUCUGUGGCCUGGACAUGGACAUGAUAGAGCGUCUGGGCAGAGAUAAUUUCCUCUCAGGCGCCAGCUCUAUAGACACACUCUCCUUGGCGCUCCGCAGCGUCGGUGGGGACGGUUGCGGCGGCUCGGAGCCCAGCGAGUUCUCUCGCCACUCAGGAGACGGACUGUUCCAGGAGGAGCUGACAGAGCAGCUCCCCACUGGAGUGUCAAUCAUUGAGAGAAACGCCCGUGUGAUCAAGUGGCUUUAUGGGUGCAAGAACGCUGCUCGAGAAGGACCCAAAGAGUCAACCGUGUAAUGCAGGGAUGAGAAUCUGUGUGCCAUGAUGUGUCAAUAACCUGAAGGUGUUGAUUUCUAUGAGUUUGUCUCUCCUGAUGCAUGUUUUACCAGGAGAACUCAGACAGCGUGGCGUCAAGUCACGCAGACGGUUACACUCUGUCCGAAAAUUACUUACUGGAUGUCAAAUUUCACUUGAUGUUUAAAAAAGCAACACCCACUCUUGGAGAUGAAAUCCUGCAUUGCAGCACAGAGGAAAACAAUAGAGUUUGGUUCUAUUUUUAAGCCUUGGGCUAAAAGCAGCAACUCAAAGCAGCUGAGCUUUGUGGGACAAAGCUGCCUUUAAAAUGUGACUAUAAAUUUCAGAUGAGUGCCAGCAUCAGGUGAUAUUCUGCUUUGUUUUUCUUACUAAUAUCUGCAUGUUCAGUUACCAUCUCAUGGCACACGGUUGUCUUUAGUCCCUUAACUCCAAAGAUACUGUUUCUUUGAUUUAAAGAAGAACUGUUAUUAUUUUUUCUGUCCAAAUAUGACAUUGUAUUUAUAUAUACCAUGGAAGUAUUGUGUGAGUAAAGACUGACGGUGCUGGUGAAUGGAGCUGUUCCUCUGGGUAAAGCGAUUUGCUUGCUGUGUGUAUGCGUGGACACGUCGUCCUUGACUUUUGUUGCUUUUCAUUUAAUGACAGAACCGGAUUUGAACUGAUUUGAAAUCAGGCCUCUGGGACUCCUCCCCCCUUCAUGGCACAUAUGUGUAUGUUUGUUUGACACAGUAGACAGUUUCGUGUCCUGGAUAUCAACACUUCCCCCUUAAUGACUAAUUUAAAACGGAAAACCACUAAGCUAAUGUUUAUUUUUAAACUGGAAAUCUGCUGUGUGAGUGUGAAGCCAACCAUGAGUACCUCAUUUGAAUCUGUCCCAGUUUAGUUUAUCUGUUGCCUUUUCUUUUUUUUUUCUACUACUUAAACGCAGGCGUUGGAACAAACAUGCGAGGCACCCCUGUGGGGUCAUUAAUGCACUGAACUGGACAGAGAGAGGAAAUAAGAAAAUAAAUAUAUAGCUUCGACUCUUUCCAGAGAUUCAUCUCAUGUAAUGUUGAACACUGAGCUGGAUUCUAAAGACGCUUCAACAUCUGGGAGGAGAGGAAAGUACAUCUAGCCAGUCGCUUGUUUUUAAUCAUUUUUAUUUCAUUCUUUAACCCAUGAAGCGGGCCACUGCUCAAUGAUUACUUGUGACACAGUUAUUGAUUUCCCCAGCCGCUGUGUCAUGCCUGGUCACUGCCGAAGAGCUGCAGAACUGUUCACUUUAAAAACAGUAGAUAUUUACGAGGAAAUCUGCAUGUCUUCAGGAGUUUUAAUCUCGCUGAAGACGUUUCCUGGCUUGACCAAGAACGCAGUAAUAAAUUAAUCUGUAAAGUUAAAGAAGCUCAUAAUCUAAGACCUUUACUGCCAAAAAGUUGUAGGGAGUCACUUUCUCCAUCUGGCAGGUUGGAAACGGUUACCCUCCCCUACUCCCCCCCCCCCAUCAAAACAUGCCGAGGCUGGAGCCGCCCUCCCCUCUCUCAGAUCCUACCUCACUUCAUCCAUUCUUCAGUGAUUCCCUCUUUAUCUCCAUGAAAGGUCAUUUCCAUUGCCUGCCCUGGAGGAUGCCACUGAAAUGUGAACUGGGGGUCUGCCGAGAUAUAUGGGGGUCAGACCAGCGAGGCAGAGCAUUACUGAACUGGAGGGCAUGUUAUACAGCUACAUGUGAUAGCUUAACGUAAUUACCUGCAGCCAUCAUGGUACUUUCUGUGUUUAUCACGAGCAUGCCACACCCUCUUGAAACUCCUUCCA